AUGUCGCAGGUAGGUCAGACCAGGCCCCCAGACCUGAGUGAGGGUCCCCCCGUGGCCCAGCUGACCGUGGUGGUCCUUCUGCUCAUCCCCUGUGUGCUCCUGCUGCUGCUGCUCAACUGCCUGUUUCUGGGAUACAAGGUCCUGGUCCUGUCCAAGCAGACCCGCAGACAGGUGAGGCCAGACCCGGAGCAGGUUCUUCUGCAGACCCGCAGACAGGUGAGGCCAGACCCGGAGCAGGUUCUUCUGCAGUCCCCUGUGCACAGGGUCCCACGGCUGUCCGACCUGGUCUUCCCCCAGCAGCUGCAGGAUGGGACCAGAGCCUACAUGUCCCUGUCCGAGCCGGUUCUGCCUCAUCCGGUCACCUCUUCCAGGGCCUCGUCCAGGGAGAGGCCGGGUCUUGGUCCGGGUCCGGGUCACAGGAUCCGGCUCCUGAGGCCGGACGGAGCCACAGGUGGGGGGUCAGGGUCCCUCAGGGCGCCCAGUACCAUCCCGGCCGCCUCCUCCGGGUUCAGUCCCAGACUGGACCUGGCCUCCGGGUCCCGGACCUACAGCACCAGCAAAGGCGAGUGGAGGAAAAGCGGCCCGGUUCCGCCCCGGUCCAGUGGCUCAGAGACGGACACCAGAGUGGACAUUGUACCGCCCAACUCUCCAAUGCCAGAGGCAGAGGAUGUGGCUCAUAUUCAUCGCAGUAGUACUUAUGACAUGCUCACAGAUGUGAAUCCAGGUGUCGUAGUGCAUCUGUUUGACAAAGUCGAUACGCAGUGUGGGUACCCGGACCCACCUUCAGAGGGGUCCGGCCUCAACGUGUCUACAGUGGGACCAGGACUGGACAGUGACUUUGGUGCCAGUGCAGGUGUCUCCCUGCGGAUUCUAUCGGCAGACAGUGAUGGUUUGUCAAACGGUGUGCUGUCGUCUGUCCUGGAGUGGGAUUAUUACGACCCCUGCUACGUCAAACAGAAUAAUGUGCCCAAAUAUAUACAUCACAGACCUGCAAUGCACAUGAAACAGUACUGGGUCUAA